UGGUUAGUUCCGUGUUGAUCAUUGUGAGGUGGAGUGUAGCAGUUUGUUUGGAAAAUAAUAUUACGUGUUUAUAAUAUUAUUAUCAUGUUACGAACAUAGAAACUUGUACAUCUACUGCAGGAUUUCGUUUAAUAAAUGUUGGUUUACAGAUUAAGCGCAGAUCCCUCCCCCACAAAAAUGGUCACAAAAAUAAUUUUCACGUUGGCAACACUACUCACAUACACAAAUUCAGAGUACAUCCCUCCGGGCCCGGUGUACCGUUGUCCGACUGACUCUAGCACAACACUACUGUACCCUUGUGUAUGUGAAAAGGGAUCAGAUACUGGGUUGUAUAUAAAAUGUGAGAAUACAGGAUUGGCUGUGUUGAGUGUCGGACUUGGCAACAUUGCCGGGUUGGGGUUGCCAAUUGAAAGAUUAUUAUUAAAGGAGUGCAAGAUUUCGACACUAUUCGGUCCUCUACUACACCGAUCAACGAUCAGAGUUAUAGAGACAGUUGACACUCCUAUACAAGUUAUAGACCAGUAUGCCUUCGCCGGAGUGAACAGGACGCUUCAGGAGAUAUACAUGAAGAAUACUGAAAUACAGGAGUUUCCGAAGGAGGCUUUCAGGAUUCUAGGCAACCUAUCAAUAUUAUCAAUAGAUGGACACAAGAUGACUAAGCUGAAUAAAGAUAUCUUCGCUGGCAGCGAGGCGGCAGGCCGCUUGGAGAGGCUGCACCUAUCUAAUGGAUUAAUCAAUGAUCUAUCUCCAGACGCUUUUCAGGUAUUAAAGAAGCUGAAAACACUGGACCUUCACGGCAAUAAGUUGGCAACACUGAAACGUAAUCAAUUCAAAGGAUUGCGAGACGCUGAAGUUUUGGAUAUAAGUUAUAACAAUAUAGUUAAAUUGGACGGUAGCCAUAUUGGUGAUUUAACUAAACUUGGCUGGUGUAAUGCCAGUCAUAAUCAAAUUGGAGAAAUACCCAGGGCUAUGUUUGCAAGAAACUCUUUAAUAAAAGUUGUUCAUUUGGAUAACAACAAGAUUAAAAAGUUGGAUACGAGUAGUUUCAAAGGAAUGAGAUUUUUGAGACGUCUAUACCUGCAAGACAACCAGAUAUCAGAUAUCGGUCGCGGCACAUUCUCCGCGGUCACCCGCAUCGGGACGGUCGACCUCGCCAGGAACAACAUCACCAAAGUCGACUACCAGAUGUUCCAGCAGGUCAAGUAUGCUGAGAACAUAAACUUAGCUGAAAACAAGAUCAAAAUUAUCGAAAACCAAGCGUUCACCGAUCUAUAUCUCGCCGUAGUCAACAUAUCACACAACGAGCUCGCUACUAUAGAGACGGGCGCUUUCCAAAACUGCAACAAUCUGACGUUACUAGAGUUGAGCCACAACAGGCUUGUCAACAUCAGCCGUAGAGCCUUCGAUGAAAACAGCUACGCGUAUCAAUUGAAACUAGAUCAUAAUCUGUUUACGGAUUUCUCGCAGAUUCCCAUACAAAACAUGUCUGGAAUACAAAUUCUGAACGUGUCACACAACAGAAUCGAAUCUAUACCCAAACUGGCAUUCCCGAAGUUGUAUGAACUGCACACAGUGGACCUGUCGCAUAAUAAUAUCAGCCAGAUAUUCAACGCUGUGUUUCAAAAUCUGUUUUCUUUGAGGUUCCUGUACCUGAACCACAACUCCCUAGAAGUGAUAAAGCCGUCCACGUUCGGCACUAUCCCGACCCUGCUAGAGCUGCACCUGUCGCACUGCGGGCUGCGCGAGCUCUCCCGCGGGAGCCUCGCCAAGCUGGCCAGCUGCCGCCUUAUCGACGUCAGCCAUAACAGCCUGGACAAGCUGUUCCAGAUACCUAUUAGUUUGGGCGAAUUAAACCUGUCCCACAAUAACAUAUCGGAGAUCAAACCCGGGACCUGGCCGAGCAUGAACGCUCUUCUACGUCUGAACCUAUCGGACAACCAGUUGGGUGACUCUCUGGUUGGCGACGCCUUCUCCAGUCUCCUAACCCUGCAGGCUUUAGACCUGUCCAGGAAUGGGUUGUCGCGACCGCCCUGGCAAGCUCUCAAUACGUUGACAAGCUUGCAGUAUUUGUAUAUGCAGGACAACAACCUGACCGAGCUAGGUCGCUCCGCGUUCGGCAACCUGCCAACCAUGUUCCACCUGGACCUAUCGCGCAACCAACUCGCGAGCAUCGCGCAACGGUCGUUCAACGGCAUGGCGCAGCUGUUGUACCUGACCCUCAGCGGUAAUAAGCUGGAGAGUAUUACUAAUGAGGCGUUUAAAGGAUUGGUUGCUUUAAGACAUCUCGACCUUUCCUACAACUUUUUAGAGAAAAUUGACAAUAAGACUCAUGGUUUGCUUGACGACUGUCUGUCUUUGGAGCGGGUAAAUCUAAGCCACAAUAAAUUCGGAUUUCUGACAAAGAAGAUGUUCCCGGCGAACCCCUGGAUCCCGUACAAUCUGCAGGAGAUAGACCUGAGCUAUAACGACAUCCCGGUCAUAACGCAUGACCUCACUAUUGGCGCGCAGAAGGUCAAGAGGCUCUAUCUAGCUGGGAAUAUUAUUAAUGAUGUUAGGAAUAAUGUCCUAGGCAACCUGACAUCACUGCAGAUCUUGGAUUUAUCUCAUAAUAACUUAAAAGAUCUAGUUUCUCGAACGUCCGAAAUAAAAUUCAGUUUCCCUGAGAAUCUAACUGAGUUAAACUUACAAAAUAACACUUUACAAGCGUUACCGACGUCCAACAUAGUUACCGCUAAACAUCUGAAGUUACUGGACGUUCGGUUUAACGAGCUAGUUAGUUUUGAACCUGAAAUCGUGAAGAAAGUUAAGAAAGAUGGCUUAGUGGUGCUCUUUCAAGGCAACCAACUUAAAUGCGACUGCUUUUCCCGCCCUUUAAAACACUACUUGAAUCACUUACUGCCCUCCAAUUUGAAAAGUGAUGAAAAAUAUCAAAAUAUAACAUGUGCGGAACCACUCACGUUGGUCGGAGAAAAUAUAUUAACUGUGGAUGAAGACAGGUUAUUGUGCACUGGCAACACUGAGGUAGAUGGGAAAAUUAUGGAGUAUAGCAACACUGAUCCGGAAAGUGCCUUUGAUUUUGUUUUGGAACCUGAUUUGGCGUUUAGGGAUGUUCAAUAUUCUCAAACAUCAAUAUACGCGCACUGGUUCAUAACAUCCAACGAAGAUGUAGCUGAUUUCAUCCUCUACAUUCGGGACGACACAAAUAAACUACACUUUUCAUCCGACGUCGCUUACAACAUCCGCUCUUUAACCAUCACCAUCGAAAACGACUUCAAAAAGUCCCUUCAAGAAGGAAAAACUCACGAAAUAUGUAUACAAGCGAAGAAUUCAAAUGGUACACCGAGAAAAUGGUUCCCAAGCCAGUGCCAGAAGCUUCUAGAAGAUUAUAACUCUUGGCCCAAGAAGUUGGUGGUUGAUAAGAGACGGCUGACUAAGAAACGUGUGAAGUACACUUGGUUUGGCAACAGUGUGCUAGGGUUGGUUAGCGACUCAAUAUUAAUAACUCUAUGUAUAUUCCUGAGUGUGUGUUUUAAAAUUACAGAUUUUGAUUUUUAGUUAAAGCUAGGAUGUUAGAAUGAAUUAUAAUGGUGCUAGUUUUCAAGUUGGUGCCAAUUAUUUGUGUUUUUUUUUUAGAUUUUGUUUUAUAAGUUGUUGGUCGCGGCUUUGUUUUGAUAUCGGUUAUAGCUGCAUAAAUAUUACCCUCCUUUUAACGAAGUCGGAUAAAAGUAGCAUUCUUGUUAAUCCAAGGUGACGCCUUUAUUCAAAAUUUAAUCGAAAUCGGUCAAGCCGGUUAGGCGUUCAGGGUAAUAAACAUACACACAUAUCUUAAUUAUCAUUUUGACCACCCUUUGAUAGAGCACAGGAUUAUAAAACGACCUAUACCAAGAUAUUUGGAAAAAAGAUAGGUAGGAAGUCUGUAAUAAAAAUAAAACUAUUUUAAAAAUGUUAUACAAAACAAUAUUGAGUCUCAAACAUGGUCUUUUAAUAUACCAUAAGUAAGUAAAAAUAUAUUUAUAUUGAGUAUUUGAUAAAGCUUUAAUAAUAAAGAACGAAUUUAUUUAAUACAGUACCUAAGUAUCUACAAAUGAAUUGUUGUAAAUUUUAAUUGAAUUAGGUACUUUUUAUUUUUACCAAAUUUUAAACAAA